UGCAAAUGGUGGAUGGCCUGUCAUAGUUGGUUGCGUUAACAUCAGGUGAAAAAUGUAUAAAGCAAAGACAGUAUUUAGUACAUUGGCCCCUUUGGCUCCACGCAUGUGUGGGCCAGAGAGGUUCGCGUCAUGGUUGGUACGGAGCCAUCCCUUGUCUAGGACCACACGUGUAAUGGUCAAUGAACCUGUCAGGAAGUACAACAGCCGUGUGGCCACAGAACCAUUCUUAAAUGGCAGUUCCAGUUCAUACGUAGAAGAAAUGUACAACGCAUGGUUACAAGAUCCCCACAGUGUACAUGUGUCCUGGGAUUCAUUUUUUCGUAGUAGCACAGCUGGAGCUCCACCAGGUCUCGCAUAUCAAGCUCCUCCAUCUCUAGCACCAAGUCAUAAUCAAAUACCACUAGGAGCACUGUUACCGCUUGGUGGUGGAUCUCAAUUAAGCCAAAUACCUGUUAAUGAGAAAAUAAUCGACGAUCAUUUGGCUGUGCAAGCUAUUAUUCGAUCCUACCAGAUCCGUGGCCACCAUAUCGCUAAGUUGGAUCCACUUGGCAUCAACAGCGCCGAUCUUGAUGAUAGACAUCCACAAGAGUUGCUCUAUAAUCAUUAUUCAUUCGGAAACAGAACACGUACUACUUACUCUCAGGAACUACAAUACCGAGUAUCUACACUCAUGAAAAAGGAAUCGGACAUGGAUCGUAUUUUCAAGCUGCCAUCCACCACUUUUAUCGGCGGCAAAGACAAAUCAUUGCCGCUCCGUGAGAUCCUGAAAAGAUUGGAGUCCGCGUAUUGCGGUCACAUCGGUGUGGAGUUCAUGUUCAUCAAUUCCCUGGAACAAUGCAACUGGAUACGUCAGAAAAUGGAGACCCCUGGUAUUAUGGAGGUGACGAACGACGAAAGGAGGUUGAUCUUGGCUAGAUUGACACGCGCAACCGGAUUCGAGGCGUUCCUUGCACGGAAAUGGUCGUCCGAGAAAAGAUUCGGUUUGGAAGGAUGUGAAAUUUUAAUUCCCGCUAUGAAACAAGUAAUCGACAAGUCUACCGAAUUAGGCGUUGAAUCGAUCGUGAUGGGCAUGCCUCAUCGUGGUCGUUUGAACGUUCUUGCAAACGUUUGCCGUAAACCUUUGAGUCAAAUAUUCACGCAGUUCGCGGCCCUCGAAGCAGCCGACGAUGGUUCUGGUGAUGUGAAAUAUCACUUGGGAACGUACAUCGAGCGUUUGAAUCGUGUGACGAAUAAAAAUAUUCGGUUGGCUGUGGUCGCCAAUCCGUCUCACUUAGAGGCUGUUGAUCCGAUCGUGCAAGGAAAAACUCGCGCCGAGCAGUUCUAUCGAGGCGAUGGCGAAGGGAAAAAGGUUAUGUCUAUUCUUCUGCACGGCGACGCCGCAUUCUGCGGGCAAGGAAUUGUUUUUGAAACGAUGCACUUGUCUGAUUUGCCUGAUUAUACGACUCAUGGUACCAUUCACAUCGUUGUGAAUAACCAAAUUGGAUUUACCACCGAUCCCAGACAUUCGCGAUCUUCACCGUACUGUACGGAUGUUGCAAGGGUAGUAAACGCGCCCAUUUUCCACGUUAAUUCCGACGAUCCAGUGGCUGUGAUGCAUGUUUGCAAAGUUGCCGCUGAAUGGAGAGCAACAUUCCACAAGGACGUCGUAAUCGACAUCGUGUCGUACAGACGAAAUGGCCACAAUGAAAUCGAUGAACCGAUGUUCACGCAACCGUUGAUGUAUCGAAAAAUCAAAAAUACUCUGCCAGUUCUGGACAUAUACGCCAAAUCUCUUAUCAGCGAUGGUGUAGUCAGCCCUGAGGAAGUCAAGGACGUGAAAGAUAAGUAUGAAAAGAUUUGCGAAGAAGCAUACACGAAUGCCAGGCAAGAGACGCAUAUCAAGUAUAAAGACUGGUUGGAUUCGCCGUGGUCUGGCUUCUUCGAAGGUAAAGACCCGUUGAAAGUAUCCCCUACUGGUAUUAAAGAAGAUACGCUCGUUCACAUUGGCAAGAAAUUCUCAUCGCCGCCACCAAAUGCUGCUGAAUUUGUUAUUCACAAAGGUAUCGAACGUAUUUUGAAGGCGCGCAUGGAAAUGAUCGAGGCUCGAACUGUCGAUUGGGCACUUGGAGAAGCAAUGGCCUUUGGUUCCCUUCUUAAAGAAGGCAUUCACGUGAGAUUGUCGGGACAGGAUGUGGAGAGAGGAACAUUCUCCCAUCGGCAUCAUGUGCUUCAUCAUCAAACCGUGGACAAGGCUACUUAUAGGCCACUGUGCUAUCUUUACCCCGAUCAGGCUCCGUAUACCGUGUGCAAUAGUUCCUUGUCCGAGUUUGGUGUACUCGGAUUUGAAUUAGGUUAUUCCAUGACAAAUCCUAACGCACUGGUGUGCUGGGAAGCUCAGUUUGGCGAUUUCAACAAUACAGCACAGUGUAUAAUUGAUCAGUUUAUCAGCAGUGGCCAAGCGAAAUGGGUGCGUCAGUCUGGUCUUGUUAUGCUGCAGCCUCACGGACUCGAGGGAAUGGGUCCGGAACAUUCGAGUGCUCGUUUGGAACGUUUCCUCCAAAUGUCUGCUGAUGAUCCAGACUAUUUCCCCCCAGAAAGCGAAGAAUUUGCUGUGCGCCAGUUACACGAUAUUAACUGGAUUGUCGCUAAUUGCAGCACACCGGCGAAUUAUUUCCACAUUCUGAGAAGGCAGAUCGCAUUGCCGUUCAGGAAACCGUUGAUUAUGAUGACACCAAAGUCUCUGCUCCGUCAUCCAGAAGCGAAAUCCAGUUUCGAUCUGAUGACCGAAGACACGGAAUUCCUCCGAGUAAUACCGGAAGAAGGCGCCGCUGCUCAAAGUCCCAGCAGCGUUAAAAGGCUGGUGUUCUGUUCCGGCAAAGUUUUUUACGACCUGAAGAAGGCGCGCACGGAAAAACAACUGGAUGGCAAAGUCGCUAUUGCAAGAGUUGAACAGAUUUCGCCUUUCCCUUACGAUUUGAUUAAGAAGGAAUCCGCUAAAUAUCCCAACGCAGAACUGGUGUGGGCUCAGGAAGAACCCAAAAAUCAGGGUGCAUGGACCUAUGUUCAACCUAGAUUCCAUACAGCCCUGAAUGGAGUCCGCUCUGUGUCCGGCGGAAGUGCGUCGUACAAGAGUGACGGUAGCGGAGGGUGGUUUAGCGGUUGGUUUUCGUCGGCGAAACCAACGCCAACGACUGCACCCGAGCCGCAGUCGAUAGAAUCCGAUAAAGUCGAACCGAGAAGAGUGAGGUACGUUGGUCGUCCAACUGCAGCCUCGCCAGCGACAGGAAGCAAGAUGCAGCAUCUCAAAGAGCUAAAACAGUUGCUCGACGAUUCGUUUGAUGUUUAAUUCUCCUUCUUAGCACUAUGUAGAACACACAUUUUAUUUAUUUUCUCACAUUAUACUUGUUAUAUACUU